CCCACCCCCCAACGCCCGCCGCCCGCCGCCCGCCGCCCGCCGCUGGCCUGUCCAAGAUGGAGGGCGCUCCGCGGGCGCCGCUCGCCCUCCGGCUGCUCAUCGUCGCGGCCCUGCCAGUCACCGGGUGGCUGACGACGGGCACCUUUGAGCCGCCGCUGUUGCCCCGAGCCCCGAAGGACAGCAUCAGAAUUAAUGUAACUACCCUGAAAGAUGAUGGGGAGGUAUCUAAAGAACAGGUUGUUCUUAACAUAACCUAUGAGAGUGGACAGGUAUAUGUAAAUGACUUCCCUGUAAAUAGUGGUGUAACCCGAAUAAGCUGUCAGACUUUGAUAGUGAAGAAUGAAAAUCUGGAAAAUUUGGAGGAAAAAGGAUAUUCUGGAAUUGUCAGUGUAAGGAUUUUAGUUCAUGAGUGGCCUAUGACAUCUGGUUCCAGUUUGCAACUAAUUGUCGUUCAAGAAGAGGUAGUAGAGAUUGAUGGAAAACAAGCUCAACAGAAGGACGUUACUGAAAUAGAUAUUUUAGUUAAGAAUCAGGGAAUACUCAGACAUUCAAACUACACCCUGCCUUUGGAAGAAAGCAUGCUGUACUCGAUUUCCCGAGACAGUGACAUUUUAUUUACCCUUCCCAACCUCUCCAAAAAAGGAGAAAGUGUUAGUUCAUUGCAGACCACCAGCCAGUAUCUUAUCAGGAAUGUGGAAACCACUGUAAAUGAAGACGCUUUACCUGGCAAAUUACCUGAAACUCCUCUCAGAGCAGAGCCUCCAUCUUCGUAUAAGGUGAUGUGUCAGUGGAUGGAAAAGUUCAGAAAAGAUCUGUGCAGGUUCUGGUGUAGUGUUUUCCCAGUAUUCUUUAUGUUUUUGAAUGUCAUGGUGGUUGGAAUUAUAGGAGCAGUUAUAGUAAUAACCAUCUUAAAGGUGCUUUUCCCAGUUUGUGAAUACAAAGGAAUUCUUCAGUUGGAUAAAGUGAAUGUUAUGCCUGUGACAGCUGUCAACUUAUAUCCAGAUGGUACUGAGAAAACAGCAGAAAACCCUGAAGAUAAAACAUGUGUUUAAUACACCAUCUCAAAUCAUGGACUCAGAAUUAGUCUAUUGGUUCAAAUUUGCCACUCGAAUAUAAUUUUCUUUAAAUCGUUAGGAAUCAGUUUGUACAGUAAAGAAAUUGCUAAACUCCUAAAACUGCCUAAAACUUGACCUUUAAAGUGAUAGUUAAAGUUCACCUUAUUAAUGGGUCUGGCUGUUCAGAUGGUGAGUUAUUCAAGAAAAUUUAAACGAAAUGGAAGAGAAGAUGUGAAGAAACUUUGAAACUACCAAAAAGAAAAAAAAAAAAAAGGCAAGAUAAAAUGCCAUGUGCCAAUACUUUUCAAGGUGCCUUUGUUAAUGAAAUUAUAUACACUUAAUUGCUAUAAUAUAUAAGACUUUAUGAAAAGCACUUUAUGAAAUUCUAAUUUAAAAGCUCAAGAACUUAACACUUAUUUUUUUAUUGAGUACAGUGUGCCUUAAUAUUAAGUAUGUGACUCAGUAUAAAAUCACUGAAGUAUAUCAUGACUUAAUUGUAUCCUGUACCAAGACUACUUACCUUGAAUGAACCAGGAUUUUAAAAUAGUGACAUGUUCUCACUCUAAAAAUAAAUUUUUUUGAAGAAAAAAGUACAAUCUUUUUGGAAUAAAAACUGUGCCCAUGUGAGAGUUACUUAUAUAUAAUAGCUGCUUUCACAUAACACUGGCUGAAACCAAGGCUCACAUCAGUUAAUGAGUCCAUCAAUGUCAUGGAAUUACAACGUGCCUUUGCUCUUGUGGUUCUAAAUAUAAUCUUAUUUACCCAACAAUAGUGUUUAACCAUCACCCAAAUUGACGUAUAUUUUACAAUGUGAUCUAGGACAUAUAAUACUUAUUAAAAUUCUUCUUUUGAUUGUAACCCAUCAUUUAAAACACAUUAUUCAAAAAAGAAAUGACUGGUUUUUAAGACCAACCACCUUAGAUUUUGCCUAAAUAUAAGUAUGUGUGGAGGAAAGAUGAAGGUAGUAAAGGAGUGAUGUUUCAUUCUG